GUUAUCAUACGAAGUUACAUCCACUAGUUAGUGAUUAGAUAACAAUGACGCCAAUAAGCUACCCGUCUCCUAGAGUGUCCCAGUUGGAUGCGCAUAUCUUGGAUUCGGAAUUGUUCAGCCUUUUAAAGGAACAGCUUUCCUCAAUCUUCCAUUUACACAACAACAGCAAAUUUUCCUACAACCAACACCCAGAACUAUACUCCUUGCUUCUUAAUCUUGUCGUGUUCAAACUAACAGUGUGGAAAACAGGAUCUUCUUAUGGUUUGUCCUUGCAAAAUCUAAAGCUUACUGAUGUUAGAGAUGCCAAGAUAAUUGGUUUAUCGAAGAGAUGGUUAUUGUUGGGCGUACUUGUGGGUGGGUACGCUUAUGAGAAAUUACAAAGCUAUUUGUAUGGAAUAGAGGACGACAAUAAUGGAUAUGGGUCCGAUGGUGUCUUGACCAGACUUAAAGAGUUCAUAAUACGAAACAGAACAACCAUGCUCACCAAAAUCGACAAUUGUUUGAAAGUUGCCAACUUGCUUAAUUUCACCGUGUUUUUAGUCAACGGCAAGUAUCCUUCAGUGAUCCACAGAAUCUUGGGAAUAAGUCUUACACCUUUGGUUUCUGAUUUGUUAAAGAAUACUGGUGACAAUGUGAAUUACGAGUUCCAGAACCGUCAAUUGGUAUGGAACGUCAUGACUGAAUUUUUAGUCUUUAUAUUGCCAUUAUUGCAAUUACGGAAGUUGGGUAAGACAGCUAAGAAAUUGCUCGGAAAAAGCCACGAUGAGAACGAGGUACAGGUUGGAAAACAGGGCCCCGUGGUUACUAAAUACAGCAACUUGCCCGUUUCGGAGUGUGCCAUUUGUUAUGAGCAAAACAGUCAGGCUGCUGCUAGUGGGGAAAAGAUAUUUGUUUCCACCGGCCAUGUCACAAACCCAUAUAUCACUAACUGCGGCCAUGUUUAUUGUUAUGUUUGCGUCGCUACUAAAUUUAAUGUCAUAAAGACCACGGGUGAAGACAUACCUUGUCUUCGCUGUGGACAAAGAUUGGAGUGGUUUAAUGAAUUUGGGACUGACCAAGAUGCAGUCGAUGAAGAUGCUAUUAUAGUGAGUGGCGAUGAAGAAGAAAGCGAAGAUGACGAUGACGGCGACGAGGACGAUAGUGCAAGUGUUGCCAGUGAAGAUGUGGAAGAUGUUGAGCCAUAUGAGCCAUUGAAGGUAACUAGAACAACCACAAGAAUUGAUAGAAGAAUGAGUUCAGUUUCGGCUAUAUUCACCGAGGAUGGUCAUGAUUCUCAAACAAGUGAAGCUGAGUUUAGUGAAGAAGAGGAUUUCGAUGAGGAAGAGGCAUUUAUGUAGACCUUAGAUAUUUCUAUUUAUUAGGUAAUGUACACUGGUAUGAACUAUGCUUAAAGAAGAUUCAAUAAGAGUUUAGCACCUUUAUCUUCUUUAGAUAAUUGUUUCUUGUUUUUCUUUAAUUGCUUUUGCAAUUCCUUGAACUUGGAAGCGUCAGCUAAUUGUAAUACUUCAAGGACAGAAAUCAAUACGAAAGCAGCUUGACCCUUGGUCCAAUUAACCAAGACAUCAUUACUUGAUAUGUGUUCGGCAAUAGUUUCAGCGAAUUCAGAACCAACACCUGGAAUCUUGUCACCAUCAUUGUGAACUAAUUUCUUGGCUUCGCUGUCCCAUUUGAACUCAUUUCCUUGAAUCAAUGCCUUCAAGGAUCUUGAAAUGAAUGGAGAUUUGUUAAGCAAGUGGAAAUCUUCAAGGACGUCUCCCUUUACAGCUACUUCGAAAACAGCCUCGACUAAUUGUAGACGCAAGGUUUCAUUGACAUUUUCAACGUUAGUGGUAGUAAGAAUCAAUUCGGUAAUGAACUGAGCAGCCAUAUUAACAGACAUCAAUUUACUGAAUGACUUUUCUGGGUCAUCAGCUUUGGUGGUCGAUAAAAUGCUUUUGUACAUCAAUUCGAUAGCUCUGCUUAACAAUUCACCUCUUCUGGUUUCUUGUUCCUUCUUGGAAGUCUUCUUAUAAGCUAAUUGUUCGUAUUGGGUUAAGGAAUUCUUCACUAAAGGUGAGAAAUACUUUCCAUCCAAUCCCUUUAACAAGUAUAAGAAUGGUCUUCUUGAGAAUUUGUCUUGAAUCAAUUCAGGCAUCAAUUCAUUGGUAACAACUUCAACAAUAAAGGACUUGUGAAGUAAAACAGUAUCAUCAACAGUCAUAAACAAAGUAAUCAAUACCAAGUUACCAUAUUCAUUCUUGAUCAACUCAUUAAUGUGUGAUUUCAAACUUCUGAUGAUAAUCUUACGUUCCUUGGCAUUGGCCACGGCGAUUAAUUUACAUGCAACUUCAGAACCUUCUUGUGUAUGGACUAAUUCUGCAAAUUGUUCAGCCAACAAGUCUAUG